GGAAACGGUAGCUAACACAGGAUCUAUAAAUACCCUUUCCCUCCAAAAUUCCUUUUCAUAUCAACAUUUCAAACAGAGAAACGAAUCACUGAUACUACGAGCGAAGAAGAAGAAGAUGGAUGAAUAUUUGCAGUACAUGAAAACGUUACGCUCUCACAUGAACGAUGCGGAGGAUCAAGCUGCAAAGAUUUCUGCAGAAGAACAAAUGCAGAUGACGAACAUUCGUACUUUGGAAAACGACAUCGAUUUAGCGAAAUCUGAAAUUGCACAAGUGGUUGAAGAUACGGACAAGAUGAAUAAGUCUAAGGUUGAGAUAUGCUCGAAAAUAUUGGAAAACCAGAAAAAGAUUGCCUCAUUGGAGUCUGAUACGUCUAGACUUACACAGACUACGGAGCUUAUUCGGCAAGAGAAAGUUGGGUUAUAUGCCAAACUAUCAGAGAGGAGAGCCUACUACAGCAAGGUUGCAGAGGACAUGAGUGCCAAAUUCCAGAAGCAACAGGUCAUGGAUAAAGUUUACGGGCCAAGAAGUGAAUCUGAAGGGAGGACUGAUGCUGAUGAUAACCGUGUCAUAGAUAAGCUGGGGAGUGAUGCAAAGAAAAACUUAAUCACCAACUUGGAUUCAGCUAAAGCAAGGCAUGAUGAGAUUCUUGUUCUGAAAUCCAAGGUUCUCAUGGACAUCAACAAGAUAAAACUCGCUAUUGAGGAUGUCAAGUGCAGAGAAAAUGAGUUUAAGCCAGAGCUAAAAGCAGCUGAUAUAACUGCACUUGAAGAGGAAUAUAAUGCUCUUUUGUCAGACAAAGCUGGAGAAACUGAAUACUUGCAGUCUAUGGAGAAACAGGUUAACAAAUUCAAGGAUAUCUGUCAAGUGGUAAAAUGUGCUUGUGGUGAGGAAUACACAGUUGCAUUGAAUACAGAUUUGCAGUGUACCGGAACAUGAAACUACUGCAGCCUAUGAACAUAGUUGUUCAUGCUGAUCUUGAUCAAGUAAGAUAUAGUGUUUUCAUGAAUGUAUCCUUGGUUUCUGAUUGUAUUUUCGAUUCAAUACAGGGAUUCACGGCAAUUCUAUCAAAACAAAAAACUGUCUUUACAAAAUUAAUGAAAAGUAUAUAGUACUUCUGCCUUGGUUAACAUAUCAGCUUUAGUGCAGAAGACAAAUGAACUGAUAGAUUGUUU